ACAAUAUAAUAGAGAUUGAGACAUAGCCGAGAACCGAAUCCCUUAUUUCGCAGCGUUUCAUUACCCCUGUCCUUUAUUUUAUUGGAGUGAUCAUAAACAAUGGCAGACACACAAGUACAUUCGGUUAAGGAUAUCUCCCCGAAGGUAAGAAAUAACUUCCCUAUUGAAUAUUAUAUUUAGGAGAUGUAGUGUUUUAAAUUAGGUUACAUUUUAAUAAUUUAGCGGACGCUCUUAUCCAGAGCGAUUUACAAGGGCACAUCAACAGAUUUUUCACCUAGUUGGCUCAGGGAUUCGAACCAGUAACCUGGCCCAACGCUCUUAACCACUAGGCUACCUCCCGCCCGCUGGUUCACACUGUCAUUCUAAUUGUCAUUCUAAGAGUGUGCAUAGUUAUAAUUAAACCAAUGUAGGCUAUUCGUUAAACAGCGCAGAAAAUAUAGCCUCAUUUUUUUUUUAUCGUUUUGAAGCUGAUGUGGAAUGAUACAAUGUAACGAGUCUCGCGUCUGCUUCAUGGAAAUACACCCGCAUUGUAUAAAGUGGUAACGGUCUGCACUGGUUGUUUGUUUAUACAAGCCUGUCGGUUUGUUUCUAAACGCAAACAAUGAGGUUAGAGCUUCAAAUUAGACAAUUACGCACUAGUGUCCUUUCUCACUUCGAAAACUCUCAAUUAUUUUGUCCAUUAGGCUGUGUUGUGUAGGCUAUUCCAAAUUAAUUUAAAAUGCAUUUGUCCAUGUUGGCUGUGCAGCUUUCAGUCGAUGCCGGGCUUAUAAAGCUUUAUUUUGGAUUUACAAUAAAAGCAUUGCCUUUCAACUUAACAGUUGGACGUACACUUGGUUGAGAUGGCAUGACUUGAAAUUCGCCAGUUGUUCAAAUGGCUGGCUUACUAAGCGUUCGAAUGGACAGGUAGCCUUGGAUAACGAUGUUUAUUGCGGAAUGUAAAAACAAAUGCCUUUAAGCAACCAUUACAACUUUGAAUGUAUCGUCAGCCAAGCCUCUCAACAUCACCAAACAGCAGUAGGCUAGACUGUGAUUUGAUGGUCUGUCUGGUUUAUCAAAACAUUAUUUUGUCGACUGUUUCCUCCGGGCGCCAGAGAGAUUCACUUUAGUAGAGGUUUCCCUAGGCUCUUUUCUUCCUUAUUCGUUUCUAAUUCGAAGUGAUUUGACAUUAAAACCCCUGGGGAUUAAUUGUGGUAGCCUACUUUCCCUUUAAUGGCUCAAGCUUGGUUGGAAGGUGUGGUGUAGUGCGAGUUGUCUGUCUUCAAACUGAUUCUGUUUCCUGAUGACUGCUUUUGACCGUCACUGCUUUCGGCGGAAUUUCUAUCUCGUGUCAUGGGUGGGCUUCAUAUCAAAGAUGACCUGAUCAACUAAGCAGUUAUCAUUUAGUAGCUUACUGAGCCACUGUCGGAAGGUGAACAAAUAUUUUAUGCACAGUUUGGGAAAUACCCCAAACUUUUAUUAGUCAACAGAUAUGGCAUGCUGCUAAAUUGCCCUAAGUAUAUUUGUCUACUAGAUGUGAGUGUAUUAAUGAGGCGGUGCUGAGAUAAUACUGCUAAACGGCGUAAGGGCUUAAAUAUUAUAUAAACAAAUCAAUAAAACUAUUUAUCUUAUUUAGGCAGGCGCUCAAACGAUAUGGACAAUCUGUGUCAUCAAGUGCUCAUUUUAUAAUAGAUCAAUGUGAAAUUAAAAGUUUCAAGAGUAAAUGUAAGUUGGUUUAAAUACACCUUUCCUAUGGAUAGGCGACCUAAAUAGACGACCUUAAUGCACGCGACUUUUUGUGUGGGAUUAUGAAGUGAGAAAAUAUGUGUUGCUAACUGCUUGGUCCCCAAAAUACCAUGUGGGUUUAUACUGUCCUUUUAAUCCUCAGUGAAAUUGGCCGACCUCACUUGAGGUGGUCCUGAGUCAGCGCUGGUAUUUAAAUUGAGCUAUGCACCCUGGGUAUUGCAGUGUCUAACCAGUGGCAUUUGGUGCAUGGAAACCUGUCGAACUACAAUACCCACAAUUCCCCAAACAUCAUAAAAGUGUCAGAUUACAACGCAUUCAACUCUGUAAAGUAGGCGGGAGUGGAAGAGUUGACUGGCACAGUGAAAAUCUCUGCAGCAACCAAUGGUUCUCAUUUGAAAUGCAAUGAUAUAUUUUUAUUUUUUUGCUGUGGGGCGUGAAAGGCAAAAUAUGUAUGCCUAUAGACAUACAUAUAGUGGUGCAAAGUGAUUGUGAAAUUAAUGAUCAGAGAAAUAUAAUUAGGCCUAUUAGGAACAAUAGGUUAAUGGCUUAAUGUCCUAUAGAAGUAAAAAAUAUAUAUUUUCUACAAUUUAGGUGAUUUCAAUUUGUCUUCCAUGUCAAUUAAAGGGAUAUAGUAGCCUAUGCAUGUUAAAUAUAAAUGUAAUAUGAAAGCAAUUUCAAUUUGUAUCACAUAUUGCUAUAACAAUGUAAUAACAUAUGAUUCCCUUGUCUCCCAUAGGACCUGAAGGAGAAUAAACUAUUUGAGGAGGAGAAUUACAAAACAGCCACUAAUGGAAAGGUAGCAUCCAAAAUCACAUGAACAUAUCAUCAACCUUCUUAUGCCUUUGUGUUAGAUUUAGAACUACAGUCGUGGUCAAAAGUUUUGAGAAUGACACAAGUAUUGGUCUUCACAAAGUUUGCUGCUUCAGUGUUUUUAGAUAUUUUUGUCAGAUGUUACUAUAGUAUACUGAAGUAUAAUUACAAGCAUUCCAUAAGUGUCAAAGCCUUUUAUUGACAAUUACAUUAAGUUUAUGCAAAGAGUCAAUAUUUGCAGUGUUGACCCUUCUUUUUCAAGACCUCUGCAAUCCACCCUGGCAUGCUGUCAAUUAACUUCUGGGCCACAUCCUGACUGAUGGCAGCCCAUUCUUGCAUAAUCAAUGCUUGGAGUUUGUCAGAAUUUGUGGGUUUUUGUUUGUCCACCCGCCUCUUGAGGAUUGACCACAAGUUCUCAAUGGGAUUAAGGUCUGGGGAGUUUCCUGGCCAUGGACCCAACAUUUCAACGUUUUGUUCCCCGAGCCACUUAGUUAUCACUUUUGCCUUAUGGCAAGGUGCUCCAUCAUGCUGGAAAAGGCAUUGUUCGUCACCAAACUCUUCUUGGAUGGUUGGGAGAAAUUGCUCUCGGAGGAUGUGUUGGUACCAUUCUUUAUUCAUGGCUGUGUUCUUAGGCAAAAUUGUGAGUGAGCCCACUCCCUUGGCUGAGAAGCAACCCCACACAUGAAUGGUCACAGGAUGCUUUACUGUUGGCAUGACACAAGACUGAUGGUAGCACUCACCUUGUCUUCUCCGAACAAGAUUUUUUCCGGAUGCCCCAAACAAUCGGAAAGGGGAUUCAUCAGAGAAAAUGACUUUACCCCAGUCCUCAGCAGUCCAAUCCCUGUACCUUUUGCUGAAUAUCAGUCUGUCCCUGAUGUUUUUCCUGGAGAGAAGUGGCUUCCUCGCUGCACUUCUUGACACCAAGCCAUCCUCCAAAAGUCUUUGCCACACUGUGCAUGCAGCUGCACUCACACCUGCCUGCUGCCAUUCCUGAGCAAGCUCUGCACUGGUGGUGCCCCGAGCUGAAUCAACUUUAGGAGACGGUCCUGGCGCUUGCUGGACAUUCUUGGGCGCCCUGGAGCCUUCUUCACAACAAUUGAACCUCUCUCCUUGAAGUUCUUGAUGAUCCGAUAAAUGGUUGAUUUAGGUGCAAUCUUACUAGCAGCAAUAUCCUUGCCUGUGAAGCACUUUUUGUGCAAAGCAAUGAUGACGGCACGUGUUUCCUUGCAGGUAACCAUGGUUAACAGAGGAAGAACAAAUGAUUUCAAGCACCUUUUAAAGCUUCCAGUCUGUUAUUCUAACUCAAUCAGCAUGACAGAGUGAUCUCCAGCCUUGUCCUUGUCAACACUCUCACCUGUGUUAACGAGAGAAUCACGGACAUGAUGUUAGCUGGUCCUUUUGUGGCAGGGCUGAAAUGCAGUGGAAAUGUUUUUUGGGGAUUAAGUUCAUUUUCAUGGCAAAGAGGGACUUUGCAAUUAAUUGCAAUUCAUCUGAUCACUCUUCAUAACAUAAUUGCAUUUUAUUGAGUUAUUACUGUGCAAUUAGUAUGUUACCAUAACAUUGGUCCAUAUAAUUUCAUCAUAAAUACCCUAAAGUAAUUUAAUGUACCGAAAAAAAUGUGUAUUGACUUUUUGUUGGCUUUUUUCCCCAACAGGAGAAUGAGGAAAAUGGCGACCCAGAGAUAGAUGAUGAAGAUGAUGAUGAAGUGAAAGAGGAGGAUGAUGACAUAGAAGGUACAAUAAACAUUUUUUGUUUAAUUUCUAUUUGGUUGGUCUAUGCUUUUUGUGAUAAAAUAUAAAAUAUGUGAUGACAUUGAUAAUGUAAUAUGUCUUAAUUUGAGAACUGUCUUAAAUGGGAAUGUCAUGUUUGUAGGGGAUGAUGAUGAGGAUGACGACGAGCUUGUUGGAGGCACCAAACGACCAGCCGACGACAGCGAUGAGGAUGACGAGGUAAGGAAGCAGACAUUGGCUCCUCAAUGGGGUAGUUUGAUUAUUGGCUGUUGGCACAGUUUGUAGUUUAAUACAUUAUGAUGCAGUUAUAAUGCAUUGCAAGACUUGUCAUUCUCAUGUAUGACUCCCUAAUAUUAUCUUACAAUCAUGAUGAUCUUGACUAAAUACUAGCCAUUCAGUCACUUAAAAUGUUAAUACGUAGACAUAGCAUAUUAUAAGCCUAUGCAGGCUUUAAGUAAAGUGUUGACACACAGGUUUUUGCAGGAUAAUAUUUUCCUUGAAGCCUACUUAUUUUUGCCCUUCCGAUUUCUUUUAGGAUGAUGUCGAAACCAAGAAGCAGAAAACCGACGAUGACGAUUGAGAAGUUGUCCCAUCCUGCCGAAGCACUUCGAAUUCCUCUCUUUGACCAUCAUGUCAGGGGGGGUUAGAGGACUCUGUAAAAAAAUACAAUUAGCAAGUGGAAUUCAACAACAUCCACGUACCAACCAACCUGCAAAUUAUCUCAAGGAAACCACCACAAUGAUGCAGACUCAAAGGCUCUAGCCUCUCAAUGAAAUAUACAAAAAUAUUUGUUUGUAUUUUUAUUUACA